UUCCCGGUUGUCGUGCCAGCCAGGCUCCUCGGCUCCUCCGGGCUCCUCCAUUCACUGGGGAUACCUGUGCCAAAAAUAAAUAAAUACGCAGAAAGACAAAUACCAAGAGAUAACUCCACUUGCAAACAAAGAACCUGUUUACGGGUUGUCUUCUUGUGUCUUUUAAAAGAGGUAGCCGGUUGAAUCAGCCGCUGACUUGCUGCCAGACAUGGAGACGUACGGCAACUCCAACAAGAAGCAGAAGCUAAGCAACACUGCUGAAAGCUGGGGAAUGCAACGCGCAACCAAUGUCACCUAUCAAGCUCAUCAUGUCAGCCGAAACAAGCGAGGGCAGGUUGUUGGCACAAGAGGAGGGUUCAGAGGAUGCACCGUGUGGCUGAGUGGUUUGUCUGGUGCGGGGAAGACCACGGUGAGCAUGGCUCUGGAGGAGUACCUGGUGUGUCACGGUAUCCCCUGCUACACACUGGAUGGGGACAACGUUCGUCAGGGGCUGAACAAAAACCUCGGCUUCAGCCCAGAGGACCGCGAAGAGAACAUUAGACGCACUGCUGAGGUGGCCCGGCUUUUUGCUGAUGCUGGGCUGGUCUGCAUCGCCAGCUUCAUCUCUCCCUACAGCAGGGAUCGCCUCAAUGUCAGGAAGAUCCACGAGGCUGCAGGGCUGCCUUUCUUCGAGGUGUUUGUGGACGCUCCACUGCAUGUCUGUGAGCAGAGGGACGUGAAGGGGCUGUACAAGAAGGCCCGAGCGGGGGAGAUAAGAGGUUUCACUGGAAUUGAUUCAGAAUAUGAGAAGCCAGAGGCUCCAGAGCUUGUGCUGAAGACUGACACCUGCAGUGUGAAUGAGUGCAUACAGCAGCUGGUUGACUUGCUUCAGGAGAGGGAUAUUGUUCCAGUUGAUGCAUCGUAUGAAGUGAAAGAACUGUACGUUCAGGAGAAUAAACUGGACCUGGCGAAGGCUGAUGCAGAGACUCUGCCUGCUGUACAGAUUGGGAAGGUGGACAUGCAGUGGGUGCAGGUGCUGGCUGAAGGCUGGGCCACUCCACUGAAUGGCUUUAUGAGAGAGAGAGAGUUUCUGCAGUGUCUUCAUUUUGACUGUCUCCUGGAUGGUGGUGUCAUCAACCUGUCGGUGCCUGUGGUGCUGCCAGUCUCCACUGCAGAUAAAGAGCGUUUGGAUGGUGUGACAGCUAUGGCUUUGGUCUAUGAGGGCAGGCGAGUGGCCAUCCUUCGCAACCCAGAGUUUUAUGAACACCGCAAAGAAGAACGAUGUGCUCGUCAGUGGGGCACCACCUGCAAGGACCACCCCUACAUCAAGAUGGUGAUGGAAAGUGGGGACUGGCUGGUCGGGGGGGACCUGCAGGUCCUGGACAGGAUCCGCUGGAAUGAUGGACUGGAUCAGUACCGACUGACACCCACUGAGCUCAAACAGAAGUUUAAAGAAAUGAAUGCAGAUGCUGUAUUUGCCUUCCAGCUCCGCAACCCGGUCCACAACGGCCAUGCUCUUCUGAUGCAGGACACCCACAAGCGUCUCAUCGAGCGGGGCUACCGCCGGCCCGUUCUGCUGCUCCACCCCCUGGGAGGCUGGACCAAGGACGAUGAUGUGCCGCUGCCCUGGCGAAUGAAGCAGCACGCCGCUGUGCUGGAGGACGGCAUCCUAAAUCCAGACUCUACCGUCGUAGCUAUCUUUCCUUCACCCAUGAUGUACGCCGGGCCAACUGAGGUUCAGUGGCAUUGCAGAGCUCGGAUGGUGGCUGGAGCCAACUUCUACAUUGUGGGCCGUGACCCUGCGGGCAUGCCCCACCCUGACACAGGAAAGGACCUGUACGAUCCCACUCAUGGGGCUAAGGUCCUCACUAUGGCUCCAGGUCUCAUUACCCUGGAGAUUGUACCCUUCAAAGUGGCUGCUUACAACAAGGUCAAAAGAGCAAUGGACUUUUACGAUCCCAAAAACCAUCAAGAUUAUGAUUUCAUCUCAGGCACACGUAUGAGGAAGAUGGCCCGCGAGGGAGAGAAUCCUCCUGAUGGCUUCAUGGCACCAAAGGCUUGGGCUGUGCUGAAGGAUUACUAUAAGUCACUGGAGAAGGCCUAAUGGUUGAGUCUCUGAGAAAAAAACAUGGAAACACUGUGGUUUCUGCUGAUGUUUUAAAUGAGGAAUGUGGGGGACCACUCAUCUACUAUCAAAAAUCACACUUGACUUCUUCCUGUGCCACUUGUACACUCACUCUCAGUUGUUUUUUUAGUCUUAUAAUGUUUGUGUUUUAACUAUAUGUACAUUAAAUAAAGUAGAAGAGGUAAAAAAAAAGGUUCACAGUAGAUGUUUGUGUUUCUCACUAACUUUAUAACUGUAUAUUCUAACAACUGGUUACAAAAAUAUAAUGUAAAAAUGAAAGGAUCAACACUGAUAAUGACCUGUAUUGAAAGUACUGUUGACCAGUACUGAAAUAGGCGCGGAUGGAUGUUGAGUAUUCGUGAUGUCAAAAUUGAAAAAGUUACUGCACCUGCUAGAGAUCUUCUAACUCAUGCAAACAAGUCACUGUGUACUGUAUGUUUGCAAGGGACAGUGGUCAUUGCUCAGAAUUUGGUGUAAAAGUUUGAGUGCCUUGGUCUGCAGAAAGUAAAUUCACGUCUUGUUUGAAUUAGGACACACAGACACCACCUGCUUCUUGUCUCACUUGUUUUAAUGUUACACUGAAUAGGUCCAGACAUUUCUUUUUUAUAGGGAUAUGCGACUGUAACCUUCCUUAACUCCUAGGAAAAAACCUUUAGCUUUUUUGUUUUUCAUAUUUAGUCUAUUUAUUCUGUCCUGACAUCACAUUUCUUUCUGUCUUUUUUUUUUUUUUUUAACUGUAAUGUGCAUGUAGUUUUGGUACUCGU